AUGCGCAGUGGACUGACGUUCGAGCUGACGGACGCUGUCGGAGACUCCUGGCGGCGAGAUGUGGAACUACUUGAUCUCAGUCCUCAUUCGAACGUGGGCGAAGUGGUGGCGAAGGUGAUGACGCAACACUCGUGUGUGGGCGGCCAGCGUGGGCGUCUGGAGAGGCUGGUGGGGCGCUUGGUGGCUGCCCUCAGAGCUUCUACGACCGCCGCCCACGCGCGUCACAGGACCCUCCGCUCGCACAUCCUGCCGCUGACCAAUGUGGCUCUGAACAAGGACGCCUCCAUCUGCGCCACCGCCAGCUAUGACCGCCAGUGCCGCCUGUGGUCGACCGAGAAUGGCCAGUGUGUGGCCACGCUCAAGGGCCAUUCCGAUGUCGUGUUUGAUGUCACCUUCGCCGGGAAAAAUGACGAACUCGUAGCGACCUCCAGCUUCGACGGCAGCCUCAGGGUGUGGACCUCCCCGGAGGGCGCUUGCGAGCUAGCCCUAGAAGGCCACAAAGGCCCGGUGGCAGUGGUCCGUCCGCUGGCCACCUCGCGCCAUCACCUCCUCACCGGGGGCAUGGACACGUCGGCACGGGUGUGGGACUUGCAUAUGGGAGAGAACACCGUGACACUGACAGGUCACAAGGGAGCUGUGGUGGGGGUAGGGGGGGACAGGUCAGGUGAACUUCUGUACACAGCUUCCUUUGAUGGCACUGUGAAACUGUGGGACACACGCUCUUACACAUGCAGCUCGACCCUCCAAGGUCACGAGGGCGAGGUCAACGGCGCUGACCUGAGCUGGUGUGGGCGGUACCUGGCCUCGUGGGGAACGGACGCCGCUGCCCUCCUCUGGGACGCUCGCCGUGUCGACCAGCCGCUCCACGCCGUCCGCUACGAUGCUGAGGUGUUGGGGGUUGAGGAGUCUACUAGGCCACGACCGGGAGAUUUUCUCAAUGGCUUGUAUCUUAAAGAUCAAAUUGAAGGCCAGCUGUCUUUCAUGAUGUUCCUUGUGCAUGUAUUGUAG